UUAAGUGGAUUAAAAAAAUUCUAUUUCUACAAGUUUUUAUUUAAAUGUUAAAGAUCAUGAAAAUAUCAUCAUCAUCAACUCGUACGACAGUCAUUGCGGUCAGCGUACCGCGACAAUAAGUCUGUUCGCGCUGGCUGAACUUUCUGCAUUAUUCUGCACUUUCGUGAGUUCCAAUAUCACUAUAUAUAUUAGGAUGUGUCGAAAAAAAUUGAUAUUUUUUUUCGGGCUCCACAAGCAUUUUUCUUCUUAUAAUGCUAAACGAUGAAGCUAGCCAAAAAGACAGCUCGAAAUAAAAUUAUUUCAGCCGGCCCACCGCAUACUUCAAUUGUCCAUAAGAAAAACACGUAAAAAAAAACUUCGGUGAAUAUUGUUCCAUAUAAUCUGUAAAAAAAAAAUGUGUAAAAACUGUCAAUUUUGUUGAACACCAAGUGAAAAAUUAUAUUGAAAAAGCUAUUAUCAUGCACUUUCGUUUGUCUCAUCAAACUGUGUAUCCUUUGGUAGAUCGUUUUGAGAAAUCUCCAAUAUAUGCAUCUCUACGGGGUCCUGGAGGAUAUGAGCGAAUAACACCCGAAAAAAACAUAUUGUGCUACUUGUGGUUUGUUGGACACGAAACUGCAUCCUACAGAGACGAAGCAGAUAGAUUUGGCAUUACUCUGAGCACUUUGCACAAAAUAAUAUCAAGAGUGUCACAAUUUUUAGUAUCGAUUGCAUCCAAUAUUAUUAGAUUUCCAACUUCCGAAGAGAAAGAAAUAAUCAAGCAGUAUUAUAAGGAAAAAAAACGAUUCCCUGGAGUAACAGGUAAGGCCAAACGAAGUUCCUAAUCAGACAUUCUAUUCACAAUGUAGACUGUAAGAUUAAUGCCAAAGCCUA